GCGUCUAUGCUAUAACACUCUCACAAAUAGCGAAGGACCAGGGUUCAGUGUACAGUUUGAUGUGAUCUUUAUUACUACGACCGAUUGUAUACUACAGUUUAUGCAAGUGAACGAAUGUGAUGAUAUAAUACUACAACUAAUACAAGAUACGAUACCUGGACAGAGUUGCGGCGGAUGAUACUAACUAACCCGGUUAACUAAACUACGGCGGCGGAAGGUGCGGAUGUCCUUGUCCCUGGGUCUGCUCCUAGCCUAACUAGCACGUACCGCGCCUUAUAUUACUUCAAUUGGAGGCGGAGCUAACGCGAGCGCUGCGGGGCGUGGCCUAGCUGACGUCAGGGCGCGCCCAUGGUCACGUGCUCUCACCACGUGACCCCCUGGGCCGCUCAACGUAAUAACAGACUUGCUACACAUGGGUGAAAGUUCGAGCAGCUAAUUAAUUGUUUUGCGCAUGCGCCCAAAACAUCACUAUUAUAGCUAUGAAGAAAAGCUUCAGCUGAAAUUUGCGAUUGAGUUCAAACUCUGUUUCAGAUUAACAGAGUUCGAAACCUACCCAAUGACACAAGAUGAGAGUAUUAGAAGAAGGUAUGCGUCUAAAAUUUCGAGUUCGACCUCUUGUUACUAGAGUGAAAGACCCCCCAAAUGGUAGAUACUGUCGGAAUGUUGCCGGAAACAAAAACUAAAAAUAUAGCUGUCUAUCAAUUCACAAAUUAUGGUCAUGACUUAUUUUCUUUACAGUUUGCGUGUUUUCAGACCUUUAUAUAAUACUUUUAAUUCGUUCCCGAGAGCUGCCCGACCGCCCGGUUCAGGGUAAUGUGACCGUAACAUAUCCCUUAACUUUGAGGAGUUUUGAAGAUCUUACUCGAGUUUCAUAAACUUAACCCAAUGAGGAGAUGUAUUGGUUCUUUUAAUUGAAUAACAUGUGUUGACCAUUUCGCCUCACCUAAGAUUAGGUAACAGUAAGUAGAUUUUAUGGAAGACAUCUUUCUCCUCAAGACAUGUUUCAAUGACGAGAAAAUACUGAAAUAGAAAAUAUGUCCUCUUUGUAGCCUUGAUUGUACUUGUAGAAGUGACACUCCUAAGGUAGUCAUGAGUGAAGUUGUAGAAGUGAAACUUGGUUCGUAGUUGUAGAGGUAACACCUGUGUGACUGUGGUAGCCUAUAUGUUAGCCUGGUAUCCAAACCCCAGCCCGAUCUCAAGUAUCACGAAAGAUAUUUGAGGUUGGGGUAUGGUAUCCAGGCUACCUACAUGUUGGCUAUUAUAAAGGCACUUUGCGCACUGUGCCUGCUUGAAAUUCAGGAAUAAAAGACUUGUUGGCUCAAAGUGAUAGGUGACCAUCGUUUGUCACUACAAUAUUGUUGUUACAAGGUUUUUAUAUCCAUUUUGAAAAUUUAGGCAUCUUGUUUUUUACUCAUCUUGUUUUUUUAUCGUAUAAAAUUUGGAGUCUGCAGGUAUGUCACCCACAAAAUGUACUUACUGUGGCCUUACUGGGUGCCGCUCGUGUCACGCGGUGACAUCGCGUGAUGACUUCCCUGUAACUAAGACCAUAUGGAUUCACCAUUUCUAAGUCUCGCGCGAUGAGCGGGUUAGAUGCAACAAACCUUACAUGUGGGCUCACUCCGUGUCGCAAACUGGACUGGCACGGACCUCACUAUGAGCGCUCCGGCUCCACCCGUCCUGCGCGGAGAUGCCACCCUUGUGGGGCAGAAUUUGUUAGAUGUUGUUAAAGCGGUGCGGGGAGAGGCUCCCCUCCUGGAGGAGGCUCUCCUUGCUAGAUUCGAAGCCGACGUGCCGCCCCGAAGCCUCAGCGACGACGAGCUGGCGGAGCGGCUGGAGACCCUCACGGGAGAGAACUCCGGUUUCCUCCUAGACAUGACGGGAAAGGACCUCAAGGCACACGAGACGAUCGUCCGCUUGGCGCACUUCUUGAUCAUGGCAGCCAACGAUGCCGCGGCACCCAGGCAGCCGAUCCGAUCAUCUAAGGCCGGCAAAACCGCAGCCCAGGCGGUCGCAAACCUCUGGACCCCACCGACGAACCGCCCCAAGAGACCCGACGCCACCAGUUCGUCCGGCCUCCCUCCGCCAGCCAAAAAGGCAAAGCCAGCCCCACUGGAGGAGGACUCAAGCUCCGGUAGCGAGAGCGAUCUCGAGGAGAACUCACUUCAGCGAGAGCUGGACAAGGCGAAGGAGGCGUGCCUGGACCCCCUCGUUCACCGCUACCCCGCAAAACUCCACGGGACUGCUGCGCCUGCAGGAGAAAGCCAUCCGGGUCGGGGCCAAAAGGAGCGUGGUUGAGCGCUAUAAGAACUUAGCGAAUUUCGUCCUCGAAAACCCCUCGAAGACAAACAUGUGGUAGCUGGUGGCCGUAGGGGCAGUCAGACUAGUUCACAAGGUCUUUCUAUACUUCUGGCGGUUUUCGGCCAGAUGUGCAGUUAAACGUAAAUAUGGGCCGUUCUAAAAAGUAACCGAACAGUUUGGACGUACCGAACUUAACAAUGUUUUAUAUAAAAAAUGUAUUCGCAAUUAAUUCAUGGGGAUGUUGUAGUUUUGCAGAUUUUUAUCAACAGUUAGGGACUACUGGAUCAUUUAUUCUAGCAACUGGACGUAAAGAAACGCUGUAUCAGUGUUCAUACCACUAGGGAUUGACAGUUGCUUUAAUUAGAUUCAUCCGGUGACAUUGGCCUUGACACUACAGCCUGCAAAGAUUCAGGAAAAAAUCUGGAAAUGGGUUCAACCGACGUAGCACUACAGUAGAAAACAAUUUUGAACAUAAAGAAAAAUACUCUUUCAACAGAAACAUUGCUGCCGUUGUUUUCCCUCGGUAGUAUGAUCGUUAAGGUUGCAGGUGAGCAAACGCUCCAAAGAUUUGUUAUAGGCUAACAUACGAUUCGUUCUACAUAUGAAAAUGAUUACAGAGAUAUCAAACAUUUUCCCGAUAAGGCCAACGUUACAUAAUUCCACAAAGGGGCCCGGUCGGGGACCUUUGGUGAACGAAAAGUACGAUAGGAAAGACAGAAAAAAAACCCCAAA